AAUUUAGUCAACAGAAUGGAGGAGGAGGGAGACUGGGUAUUUAUUGAUGGCGAUCCACAGAAGUUUUUUGAAAUGAUGAUAGAGACUUUACAUGACAAACUUGUUCAGAUUCAGGACCGUAUACAAGACUACUCGGCAGACGAUCGCAGUACUUGUGAACAGUGGGUGAUACUACUUAACGUUCCAUGUAUAGUGAAAGAUGACAAUAUAGGAUUUAUACAAAGUACUCAUCUAAGAGAGAAAACUGAAAAUGUGUUUGAUUUACUGGAAUCUUUACGGAGUUCUAUUGAGAAGUAUAAAGCCAUUGAUAAAUCAAAGGUAGAACAGGAAGCUAUCUGCAACGAAAUAAAUAAAAAUGAAAAGCUCCAGUUUCGUCUUGAACAGCUUGAUAGACAAAUAGAACAGCUAAAGAAAGAAGACAAAAGGCUUACAGAAAAAGUCACAUUAUUAGAGCAACAAAAAGAAGGUCUCUUAACCAGGUUAAGCCAAGUGGCAGGUCUUAAAGUAUAUGACAACAAUCCCAGCAUACAGGAUUUGUCAGACACCAAGAGACCAAUGAAACUAGCAGAGGCUUUUGGAGAACUGUACGACAACGAGUGGACCAAUGCAUUGGAGGAACUAUUGAAGCAAAAUGUUUCUGAAAGACAGGCAAUCGAUCAACUAAGAAAUAUUUUGAAGAAUGUCUUUGAGACAUGUCAAUCCUCGGCCAUGGAUCAGAGGAGAAACUUCAUAAAAGACGCAUCAUUUUGUGGGAAUGAUUCCGAUGAUAAUGGAAGGGCAAUACCACAAUCCUUACGGAAAGCGAUCAAAUCAUUUCAGAAAGAAAAUGCAAUGGAAAUAUAUCAGUUUGUCAAAAAGAGAAUUGAUCAGCAACUUGGAAUAGAUAAUCUUGGUGACGAACUAAAACACUAUGUACAUCGUUGUUCCGAAUUGUGCUGGCUUAUGAACAUACAAGAUCCGCCCCUUGUACUUCACUUUAAUGCAGCCGCUGGGGAACCAUUUGAUAAAAUGCUCUUUAGUCAUUAUACCAGAUCUGGGACUGUGGUGGAUUAUGUUGUGUGGCCUGCAGUGAUGUACGAAAAUGGCACUGUGUACCGAAAAGGUGUACUGCAACCAACUUAAAGAAUAGAUUAAAAAAUUUCUCAUUACCGUGUAAUUCGUCAUGGCUGUGAUAUUGUUGUGUGUAAAAUACAUAUAUAAAUAAACAUACGUAUUCAGAAAACAUUUUAAAUAUACCCCGUUAAUGUGUUUUAUAUACUUUUUAAAGUGUAUUUUCAUGCCCGCUGUGUAUUAUUUCAAGCUGAUCAUUCAAACCUAUGCUUUAGGAAGGAGACAGUGCUUAACUCUUAGAGGCUUUUUAGAAGUAGAUGUAUAUAAUUUUCUGUACAAAUUAAACUCAAUUAUUUGAAGCCGUAGAGAAUUAGCCAGCUAUUGUCAAUGUACCCAACUGAAAACAGAUGAGAUUAUUAUCAGCCAAAUUACAAUCAUGUAUAAAACAUAGUGCCAAUUCUUAACCGCUUUAGAAAAAAACACAAAAGCUAAAUCAUACAAAGACCAUAAUAAAAACAUGGAUGGAUUGAUUGAUUGAUUGUAUAUGUUAAACGUCCCUCUCGAGAAUUUUUCACUCAUAUGGAGAAGCCACGACCUGCCGGCGGAGAGCUGCUUUUGUCCUGUACUCGGCACUCGGGACCACUGAGCAGGGAGGGAUCUUUUUCGUC